UAAAAAAUAUAUGUUUAGUAUGUAUCUAUUAAAAAGUUAAACCACAGCGACAAUGAACCGAACGUUCGCAGUUUCGCAUUAACGAAAACACGAAGCUUCCACCAGUUAAAAAUACUUUUUUUUUCUUCCAUUUUAUAUUGCCAAAAUCCGACCGUACAAAAAUGACUAAGACUUUCACAUAAUGUAUUAUGUGACUUGUUUUUGUGUGCUAAUAGCGAGUCUAUGCGUUGUCCGAGUGUUCCAGGAAGGCAGCACAAGAUAAACCACAGGAAUAUUGUUUGCGGGCUCAAAUAUCCGGAUAAUUUAGGGAAAGACGUGGAUUGCGCCACAUGAAUGGAUUCGUGGAUCUACGUUUUACGUCAUGCAUGCAGCCAGCCUCCUAGCCUGCGCUUUGUACAUCCCGAGCCCUUGAGACAAUGCACUACGAGUAGUUGGAGGUUCUUCUACCCGCUAGCUACCGUUUCUCCCCCCUGCCCCCACCGGUCCCAGACUUCCUUAUGUUAACCCUCUUGAGCAUGUUUUACUAUAUUUGUCUGCGGCGGCGCUCCAGGAGUGGGACCCGAGGCGAAGCUCUGACCAGUCGUCGGGCGGUGGAAUCGGGCCAGCGGGCGGUGCUGCCGGUCAGUGUGGAAGUGGAGCAGUACGCCAAGGAGGUUCUGGACUUCAGCUCCCAUUAUGGCAGCGAAAACAGCAUGUCGUACACCAUGUGGAACCUGGCCGGCUCGCCCAAUGUCUACCCCAGCUCGGGGGAUUUCACCCAGACGGCCGUGUUCAGGGCUUACGGGACCUGGUGGGAGCAGUGUGCCAGCGCGCCGCAGCGUUUCCGCCGCAUCCCCAACGGCUUCCACAGCCAGGAUUACAUAGAGCUGGGCUUCGAAGAGCCCGUCUACCCGACAGCAGUGGAGGUGUUCGAGACCUACUACCCUGGAGCCAUCGUCCAGAUCAUGGCCUGCUCUCACAACCCCUUCUCUCAGAGCCCACCAACUGAUGUCAGGUGGGAGGUGCUGUGGUCGGGGGAACCCACGAAGGCUCUGACUCCCCAGGCGCGGCAGUUUUCCCCCAAAAUCAAGCACAUCAACUUCCCCACCAAUCUGCUGCGCCUGGAGUUCAACAGCUCCCUGCUGGACUACUACACGGAGCUGGACGCCGUGAUCCUGCGCGGCGUGAAGGACAUGCCCAUGCUGGCUCUCUAUAAGAUGCCCCUCAUCGAUAUCAGCGACCUGAGCGACAGCGAGGAGGAGCUGUCGGACGUGGGAGGGCCUUUCAGGCCGAGAGGAGAUGGCAGGCACCAGAGCACAGGCAGCGGCUACUUUGACAAGCUGCCAUACGAGCUCAUCCAGCUGAUACUGAGCCACUUGACCCUGCCGGACCUCUGCCGUCUGGCCCAGAGCUGCAGGCUGCUGCACCAGCACUGCUGCGACCCGCUGCAGUACACCCAGCUGAGUCUGCAGCCCUACUGGCCCCGGCUGAGUGACGCCUCCCUGGGACACCUGCAGAGUCGCUGCACCCUCCUCCAGAGGCUCAAUCUGUCCUGGACCGGCAACCGUGGAGCUCUCACCCUGUCGGGCUUCAGCAGCUUUAUGAAAGCCUGUGGUCUCAGCCUGGUCUGCCUGGAAAUGUCGUGCUGUCACUUCCUGAACGAAGCCUGUCUGGAGGUCAUCGCUCAGACCUGUCCCGCUCUGCAGGAGCUCAAUCUGUCCUCCUGCGACCGCCUCCACCCACAGGCCUUUACACAUAUAUCCAAACUCCCACACCUCCGCAGGCUGGUGCUGUACCGAACCAAAAUAGAGCAAACUGCCAUCCUGAGCAUCCUCACCUUCUGCACGGAGCUGAAGCAUCUCAACCUGGGGAGCUGUGUGAGGAUUGAAGACUACGACGUGGUGGCCAGCAUGCUCGCCGCUCGCUCCCGCUCCCUCCGCUCUCUGGACAUGUGGCGCUGCAGAAACCUGACGGAUCGCGGCCUGACGGAGCUGGUCUCAGGCUGCAGGAUGUUGGAGGAGCUGGACCUGGGCUGGUGUCCCACGCUGCAGAGCAGCACCGGGUGCUUUCAGCAGCUCGCCCGCAACCUGCCGCGCCUGCGAAAGCUUUUCCUCACCGCCAACCGCACCGUCUGCGACUCGGACAUCGAGGAGCUGGCCGCCUGCUGCCCGUCGCUGCAGCACCUGGAUAUACUCGGCACGCGGCUGGUGAGCGCCGGCUCGCUGAAGAAGCUCCUCCAGUCGUGUCCCGGCCUCCUCCUCCUGGACGUCUCCUUCUGCUCGCAGAUCGACAUUCGGGUCGUCCAAGAACUCUCCGGCCUCUUUCCCAACGUGGCGAUCAAGAAGAGUUUCACUCAGUGACCCCCUCCAUCGUCUCGUUUCUCACUGCCAAGAGGUAGAAAGCGUAGGGAGAGGCCCGCCAGCAGAUAGUGCUCCGAAACGAGCCGGGGGCGGGUUGGGCGCUGGACGGGAGUGCCCACAGCUACAUUUUACCUCUCGUGGUAAAUAAUGCAAACGCACUGUUUGAGGGUGUUCUUGAGAUUUCUUUUUUUUUUUUUUU